AUUUGUUCUUCCGCUCCUUCCUCACUACUCUUUGCUUGACUUGAGUUGGGAAGAGUCAUUUUCAUAUUCCUAGGGAAGGAAUAGUUCCCCUACUCACUUGCUAACUAUAGCCGGAAUGAAGGCACGGUUUAUAUAUCAAGCCAUUUGAAGGUUCGGAGUUAUCGGCUCCUUAGCCCUACUAAAAUUGAAGCAUAAGCCUCCACUAUAUGCUUUGAUGCUGUAAUUGCCUUCUCUUCCUCUUUGCAUUGUGGAAAAAAAAAGUUUAGCUUCGUAAAACCGAACAGUAGAGUUGUUCCAUCGAAAUCGAGCAGCUCCAUCCAUGAGCUUUGACCAUCUUCCAUCCUUCUCUCCAUUUUUGGCCACCAUUGGAAAGUCACCAUGAUUCUGAAGAUCAUGUGCUUUUAUAACAAAAGGAUAGAAACCAGAUUGGACUCCAAAUUGAAGACAGAGUAUAUAUAGACAGUGUUUAAAGAAAUUACAUAGGCUGAUAAUAGCCUUUUGAGAACUUCUCCCACACUCUUGACCUACAUAUAUGUCUCUCCUCCUUUGUAACUGCUUGCUACCAACAAAUCUUCCUUUAUUCUUCCAUGUAAAGUUAUGUGAUUCAAGAGUUAACAGAAAAAAUGUUAACGUGAUCCAAUAAAUCUCUGUUAAAGGAGGAUUGGAAGGGAAAAAGAACCUUUCAAUUUGACUUAGCAUUCUUGUUUUGUUGGGGUUCCUUUGUUAAAUCUAAUAUGUUUGUUGAUUGUCAGGUACAGGUUUCAGAUUUUGGCACUCCUGCAAGUUGCAUCAUCUGUGUAGAAAUCCAACUUCAUACAACCCAGAAAUUUCUGUUCUUGAUAAAUUGUCAAGUGAAUAUAGAAAAGAUGUGGGGAUUUUACAUAUGACCCAACUUUUUUUUUGAAAAAAUGAAAUUUGAUUGACUUCUUUAAAACAAGACCUUCUAAUCUUUUGCUGCCGUCAUCCACAUUUUUUUUAGAUUUUUCCCCUCAUUUUUGUUAUAGUUCUAGCUCACUUUCUCCCUAUUGAUCUCAUUUUUAUUCAUUCUUCUGCCCUUGCCUUCUACACUUGGUUCAUUUAGCGUCUAAAAAACCUUUGUUCGUUGCCAUUGAUUGUUCUGCGGUACAUUAUUGGGAGAAGCAGAAAUAACUUUACUCAUUCUUGUCGUUGUUGUGAAGAUAUAUAAAAAAUGAGAAUUGACAGAGAGAAACAUAAUACUAAGAAGAUUUAAAAAGUUAUAAAACUUUAUUUUGAAAACCAAGUCAAAGAACAUUUGGCCCAAUUUUUUAGCUCAAUCUAUCAAAUAACCCAAAGAAGAUCUCAAAAAUGAUAAAUACUGGCUUUCGCCGUGGCAUUCAAGCUCUCCAUAUGGACUUUGCGCCUGUAAUGAGAUAAUGACUUAUCGCUUGGGUAAGAGAGAUUGAGAUGGGUAUGUAUGUAUUUCAAUAAAUGGCCAUUGUUGAAGAUAAGAUUUUGUUUUCACAAGUAUUAGAAGGAGGCAUUGAAGAAGGAAAACAUCCAUUAAAAACCCAUGUUUUUUAAUAUUAAUUUGGCAGAAGACAGAUGGAAGAUUUGACUGUACUUUUGUCUUUGACAAUAAAGAACAAACCCAUAUUUUCCUACAGAAAAUAGAGAGAAAUUUUGAUCAAAGUUCGUUAUUUUACUAUUAUCCUUUUAUCUCUUUGAUUUUAUCUUAAUAAGAGAGACUCACUUGACUUUUACGUGAUAUUAAUAGUAAAUUAUUUUAAGACAAAAAGUAUGAUCAAUAAAAAAGAAAGUCUGCAAGUGUUUAAAAAAGGGAAAUGUACGAUUAAUUUGUAAUUCGCAUCAUUUUCUAAAAUUUUUCGUUGAAAACAUAUACAUAGAUAUCUUUCAACGUAUGAUUAAUAUACGAGGAUUAAUGGACAACUUUUUAUUGAUUCAAUAAAAAAAAAAGUUAUUAAAUCCAUUUCCAAUAAUGAAGCAAAUCAAGAAAGAAUUGCUACACACAUUCCAAUGCUUAAGUCGAGAGUGGAAGGGUGUAAAAGCUAUAGAGUAGGAUUCAAGUUCUCUCGUAUAGUAGAGAAUGUUGACUUAGGUCUUCUUUUGUUUCCCAUUUGGAAUCUAGUUAUUUGAUCACCCGAUUGGAUGUUAUGUGAGAUUCUUAAGCUUUGGGAGCAUGCCUAUGUAAAAGUUGGGCUCAUCCUUGAAGGUCAAUACUAAUACCAAGGAAGUGGGGUCGGUCGGAGAGACUCAACCUCCCUUGAUUCAUCAUGACCCUAUCUUGGUCCCGACCUAAUUUCUCAAUUUAUCCUUUUGACCAAAAUCAUCGAUAACAAUCCCAAAUUGCAAAACUAAUUGGUUUUUAGGUUCAUCUCCUAUGGAGGAUACAACUUUACACUCGUGUGCAACCCCUAUUGCACGUGCCAAAGAAGGCGCCAAGUGAAUGACAAAAGCGAAAAAUCCUAUCGGCUCAGGCUCACUCUCCUCUUUCACGACGGUGUAUUUCACUUCGUUAUCCAAAAUCGCAGAGCUCAAGGCUUUGCUUAUUCAAAUUCGCUCUCUAUGACGGAACUGGCCCUGUUGCCAGUUCCACUUCAUCAAUUUCGGCUAAGCCAUCAUGGGUUCUCAGUUUCUCUGCCCUUGUUCCUCUGAGCUUCAUCAUCAACCUCGGUUCAUGGGUGUUCCUGAGGCUUCUUCGUCGCCUCACCAUCUCGUAUUGCACCGCCGCUUGCGCCUCUCUGGCUCUUGGUCACUAUGGACCGACAAGUUUUUAUCUCUAUCUCAGUAUAUAUACCUGCAUAUGCCUCUUGGAAAGAUGAGAUUCCGUCUCUGCACAGGGCAGAAUAAUUAUGUUGGAGGAUCGCCUGUAAUGUCGACCAAAAAAGGAGUAUGCAAAGUAGUUUGGACUAUUGAAGCUGAUUUGGAAACUGAUCAACUUCUUUAUCUAACUGGGGACCCUAUCGCAUUAGGGUCCUGGGAACCGAAUAUGGCGAUACAAAUGUCUCCUACGCGUCAUGCUAACUUAUGGAAGGCUGAAGCCAAGAUAGCUCGUGGCAUAAAUUUCAAGUACAAUUAUUUUAUCAAGGAAGAAACAUUGCCUUCAUCUAACAUCAUUUGGAGGACUGGGCCUGAGUUUUCUCUAUCCCUACCUCAAACUGUCAAACAUAAUAAACAAAUCAUGGUGAGGGAUUCGUGGAUGAGGUUUACUGUCACACGCCCUUCAGUUUUCACAUGGGAUUCAUGGAUAGAGGAACAACCAUUGAAAUCUCUUCCAGCCGAGGAUGAAUGUGAAAUUGAAGAAGACUGUCCUAAGAGUGAUCCUAUUGAGCCCUAUGUAAAUUUAAAUGGUACCAUGAUAUAUGAUAAAUUGUACUCUGAUCAUGAGAAACCGAUGGAUUCUACAAGUCAGAGCUCAGAUUCUCAUAGACAUCAACCUGUUGAGGAACCAUGGCUACCCCUCUUUUUUGAUCCGUCUAAGAAUGUGUUUGAACCUGAUUUGCUGAAAAGUGAUGUCACUGUAAAAGAAGAGACAACUGUACUUGAAACUCGAGAUCACCUAUUGGAAGAUGCAGCAAGUCUGUUGCCAGCAUCUGGGGCUGAUACAAUGUUGAAGGACCCUAUUUCUACCAUCAUACUGAUUAAUUCGUCAAUAUGCACGAUGCAGCGGAUUGCUGUAUUGGAAGAAGGAAAAUUGGUAGAGCUGCUACUGGAACCGGUUAAAAGCAAUGUGCAGUGUGAUAGUGUGUAUUUAGGGCUUAUCUCAAAACUUGUUCCUCAUAUGGGCGGUGCAUUUGUAAAUAUUGGAAACUCCAGACCUUCUCUAAUGGACAUUAAGCAAAACAGAGAACCUUUCAUAUUUCCUCCUUUUCGUCAAAGGAUAAAUAAACAAGUGGUCAAUGGCUCCAUACAAGGUCAACUGACAUCACAAGAUGAAAGUACUUCGAUGCUGUCUGUGCAUGAUGACCACGAGGAUGUUGAAGUUGAGGAUAACUUUGAUGUUUCAGAGGUUCUUAGAGAAAAUGUGAAUGGUAGCAUGGUAGAUGAUGAUGGUGAUCUAGAUGCUGACUUUGAAGACUGCAUAGAUGAUAAGGGACAUCAUUUAGAAGGCCAUGCUAGCAUCAGUUGUUCAGCUACUGCAAAUUAUUCUAGUGGUUCUCAAUUAUCUUUUCUCCAAGAUGGAAAGGAUUCGAAGCAGACCACGACUGAUGAAAAUAAGUGGCUCCAAGUUCGGAAAGGCACCAAAAUAAUAGUGCAGGUUGUCAAAGAGGGGCUAGGGACUAAAGGUCCAACACUGACUGCUUACCCACAACUCAGAAGCAGAUUUUGGAUAUUGAUAACUCGUUGUGAUAGAAUUGGCAUCUCAAAGAAAAUUUCUGGUGUUGAGCGGACGCGCUUAAGGGUUAUAGCUAAAACCUUACAGCCUCAAGGCUUUGGUUUGACUGUAAGAACAGUUGCUGCUGGUCAUUCUUUAGAAGAAUUACAAAAAGAUUUGGAGGGUCUAAUUUCAACUUGGAAAACUAUAAUAGAACAUGCAAAAUCAGCUGCUCUAGCUGCAGAUGAAGGUGUUGAGGGGGCAGUUCCAGUUAUUCUCCAUAGGGCCAUGGGUCAAACACUUUCAGUUGUGCAAGAUUAUUUUAAUGAGAAGGUUAAAAAAAUGGUAGUCGACUCUCCAAGGACAUACCAUGAGGUCACUAAUUACCUUCAGGAAAUUGCUCCUGAUCUAUGUGAUCGAGUUGAGUUAUUCCAUGAAAGAAUACCCCUUUUCGAUAAAUUCAAUAUUGAAGAAGAGAUCAAUGGUAUUCUCAGCAAAAGGGUUCCACUUGCUAAUGGAGGUUCUCUAAUAAUUGAACAAACUGAGGCUCUAGUUUCCAUCGAUGUGAAUGGAGGACAUGGGGUGUUUGGUCAAGCAUCUUCGCAGGAGAAAGCUAUUCUAGAGGUCAACCUUGCUGCUGCAAGACAGAUAGCAAGGGAAUUACGAUUGAGAGAUAUAGGUGGAAUAAUUGUAGUAGAUUUCAUUGACAUGGCAGACGAAUCAAAUAAGAGAUUAGUCUAUGAAGAAGUAAAGAAAGCGGUUGAGAGAGACAGGUCAAUGGUGAAAGUUUCUGAGUUAUCCAGGCACGGACUCAUGGAAAUGACAAGAAAGAGGGUUCGGCCAAGUGUAACGUUUAUGAUCAGUGAACCAUGUGCUUGCUGUCAUGCUACUGGAAGAGUUGAAGCUCUGGAAACCUCCUUUUCAAAAAUCGAGCAGGAAAUCUGUCGGCAGCUUGCAACAAUGAAGCUGAAACCAGAUCCUGAAAAUCCAAAAUCCUGGCCAAAGUUCAUUUUAAGGGUCGACCAUCACAUGUGUGAUUACUUGACUUCAGGAAAAAGGACAAAACUUGCAACCUUGAGCAGUUCUCUGAAAGUUUGGAUCAUUUUGAAGGUAGCUAGAGGAUUCACCAGAGGAUCAUUUGAGGUGAAAUCAUUCGCAGAUGAUAAGUUGAGCAGAAGUGAAAAUCAAGCACCAAUGUCUUUGUUACAGCCAUUGGAGGGUAGAAGUAACAACUCUAGCAAAAAAGUGACCCUUUUUCCGGUUAAAAAGUGGAAAGGGACUGGGAGAUAAAAUGACGACUGGAUUUUACAACCCAAAAUUUCCGAGCCAAGUUCACAGGUCUUUUUAUUUGUCAUUGUUGCUAAACAAUGUGAAUUAUAUAAAUAACUCAUAAAAAAUGUGGCAAUUGCAUAUUCAGAUGGUUGAUAAACGUUUGAAAAUAUCAAGUUUGAUUUGUUGUAGUGCUAAUCAAGCAGUUUUGUUCUUUUAGAGUCGAGAUUCCUGCCAUCGUAAUGUAAGUCUCAAUAAACUUUCAACUCUUUCCUGCCACUGAUGUAGCUUCUGGAUUCAAUUUUGAACACUAUCUUAUACUCUUAUGAUUGUGAUGAUUGCUCU